CUUCUGCAGUCCGGCCUAGAAAAGAGCAUAGAGAGGGCCAUAGCUGAAGGGGACAUUGCAAAGGCGGAGGAGAUGAGCGACAGACUCGCCACUCGAGAGAUGGCCGUGAAAAUCGCUCAAGCUGCUGAUUGCCGUGACUUUGUGCAAGGCAAACAGGAAGAGGAAGCUUUGAGGGCAGCGCAGAAAAGGAAGAAGCAAAUAGCCUGGGGCUUUGAGGCGAAGAGGCGGUGGGAAACCAAAAGCAACAUGGGCUACAUGUGACAAACACGGAGGAAGAAGAACAAGACUUUAUGUGUGUGUGUGUGUGUGUGUGUGUGUGUGUGUGGCAGACUGAUCAUGUUUCUUCUUAUACUUUUUUGUAUAUUUUGAAGAUUUUACAGCAGCAGCAUGGGAGAGGAGAAAAGUCAGCAGUUGGCUGAGAGGAAAAAAAAAAACCCAAUCCAAAGAGUAAAAAGGAGGAAAAAAAUUAUGGAGCAUUCAAAUUAAUUCCUAAGGCACCCACUGGUGUCUGCAUUGUGUUAUUUUUCAUUACAUUUCAGUGAUUUGAGCGUUCUGCCCCCCCCCCCUUCAAAUUAAAUCUGGUGUACAUUACUGGA